ACAAUUCUGCGUUUUUCGCGGUACCGCGUUUGUCGAGGCUCGUCUGUUGUCGGCAUUAUAUGUACCUAAUUCGAAUCUUGCUGCUUGGGUAGUUUAGUAACGGGCACACCACUGUGCGUUACAACUCUAUAAACCUGGACAAUGAUGCUGUCCAACCCGCCUAAACGUUUGUCAGUGAUGUAAUGACACAGGAAAGUCAAAGCUGCAGAAAGAAGUGACGCCUCGAAUCAAAAUAAAAUUCGCAACCUACGAUCGAUUUCCAAAAUGUCUGCUGAAUGUUCUGUUUCAACCAGCAAUACGAAGCUGCUAUUGUACCGCGACCUGUUUUGUCGCAUUUGUCUACAGUACAGCAAGGGUGCAUUGAUUCCUAUCGAUGCGGAAAUUAAAAAGACAACACUGCUGGAUAUGUUUAUUCAGCUCACCACUUUUGAGCAUGAGCAUAAUGAGGGAUUGCCACGGUUUAUGUGCGAGCAGUGCGUCAGCAAGCUGACACUAGCGUAUAGCAUCCGGGAGGAGUUUAUAAAUCAAACAGAGCUGCUGCUGAAGCUGGUGGUGCAGAAGCAACUUAUCAAAUACUACGAACAGUUUCCUUUGGAGUUCAAUUCAUCAAAUGAUGCGAAGAAUAAAACAUCGGCAAAGGAAUCGCCGUCAGCGUCAAAACAAAGCUAUGCUCGAGACGAGUUGAAAGCAUACGAAAAGAUGGCUGCAAAGGUGGUAAAUCCUAAACGGAAGGUGCCGAUCACAACUCAGGUCGCACCGCAGAAACCCGAGCAACUAGUAAUCCCGGAUGAGGUGAAUGUAGGAAACGCUACGGGAACGACGGAAGAAGCUGAAGAAACCUUGAAUGAUGCGAUCGCAACACAGGAAGAUGGUAAUUUUGGCGAUUUAGACAACGAUUGGGAUUCGUCCAGCACGGGUACGUCGCUGGAUGAGGAUGAUUGGAGUUACAGUUUGAAUCCGCUCACGCCGCAGAAGCUUGCGGAGCUGAAACCGGUACGUUUCCGUCGCAAGUAUCCAAGCACUUUACGCAAACGUCCGAAACCGGACGAAGAUAAGCAGGGCAAAAAGAUCAAACAGAACCAGUUUUCCACAACGACUUGCUACAUCUGUAAUACGAAGCAUGAUUCGAUCGCACUGCGUGACGAUCACUUUCGGCAUCACAUCCACAUGCUACCGUACGAAUGUACGGAAUGUAUUGCCGAUCCACCGUUGGAAGAUCCGUCGGUAAAAGAGCCACCGGAACAGCAACAACCGACACCCGCCAAGCACAUUGUGCUGCGAAGCGUCAUCCAGCUGAACACGCACUUGAUGAUGCAUACGAUGCCGCACAAAUGUGACCACUGUUACAGACGGUUUAUGUCCACGUAUCUGCUGAACCACCAUCUCUGGAAUUAUCACGAGCACUCGAAGGAAGGGCUAACGUGCGAAUGGUGCGGUAAACGGUACUACACGCGACGUCCCUUCCAGGAGCAUGUAAGACGCCACAAGGACGCGACCGCCGAACGGUUCAAGUGUGACACCUGCGGACGAACGUUCGGUUCUAAUGCAUUGCUCAGGCGUCACCUGAUGGUACACACCGGCGAAAGAAACCACAAAUGCACCUACUGUCCGCGGCGUUUCAGUCGCAGGUGUAAUCUGCUCGACCACUUGCGGCUGCACACGGGCGAACGGUGCCACAAGUGUAACGAAUGUCCACAAACAUUCAACAGCAAGGCAUCGCUCGAGAAGCACCAGCAAAACUAUCACAGUGAGACAGCGGCAGUUCCGCCCAGGGGGGAUCGUAAUAUCUACACGCUACAGUCGGAUGGUUCUAGACUGUACCGCUGCAAAACGGAGGGUUGUGCGUUUACGAGCGUUUCGAGUACGGUGAUGACGCAGCACCGCCAGCGUCACAACAAGCCGUUCGCCUGCGAAGAGUGUGGUCAACGCUUUGUGGCUCCGAAGUACGUCCGCAAGCACAUGAACGUGAUGCAUUCUGGUAAACCGAGGAAACCGUACCAGCGGUCCGCUAAUGCAGUGAAGAAAAUCAAGGAUGAGCUCAUGGAUGAGUCCACCGCCGAGCUGAGCGCGGACGAAUCGUUCAUCCAGGAGGUAAAGAUGGAAGAGGAGAUGCAAGUGGAGGAAGACACAUGGCCAAAGGUGAAGGAUAACAUCAUACGCACCGAAUGGAACGCAGGCGAACUGAACGUGGUGCGAGAGUACGUGGUCGAGUUUGUGGAAGAUGCGAAAGAGAUCGAAAUAUAUGCAAGCAGCACAUCCUGUCGAAUGGAGUCCUAUUCUUUAACGGCACAGAAGGCUGUAUUACGGCGGUUCUGUCGGCUGUGUAUGCGAGAAUAUCCGUUUCUGUUGCCUUUCGAUUCGCUGCUGAAGAAUAUUACGCUGACCGACAUGCUUGAACGGCUGCUGGGAGCAUUCAAGCUGGAACAAAUACCAAACCUGCCGGACGCAGUGUGUUCACACUGUGUGACCAAGCUGGACUACGCGUACCAUGUACAGAAGGAGUUUGUUUGCAACGAGUAUCGGUUGAGACACUACCACCAAGAGGGCACACUGCUAGCGAAGUUGUUUGAAUAUCAAACACAAAUCACUGUCUCAAAAGAUAGCUAUACGGACCGCUUGGUGGCAGAGCAUGGUAAUGGGUUGCUGGCGGAAAGGAUCCACAUUGAUCCUAUGCGCGAUGCACCAAACAUUUGUAAUGCGGAAGUUAAGGCAGCAGCCUUGUUUAAAACAGUACAACCUCCUGCCGAAUGGUCCGUUGUGGCUUGUGAUUGUCCUUCGAAGUCGGGACAUUCCCGGAAAGCUAAUCCCGUACGUCCCCUCAAGCGAACACUUCGCAAUCGCCGCAGCCUUCGGCAGGCACUGGAUGCAGAAAAUCCAACCGGAGGAAACGAUAUAUCCAUUGAUCCUUGCAAAUGUUACGUAUGUAAUACUGUGAUGGACACAGAGCAAGCGUACAGGGACCAUCUGGUGGAGCAUGUGGAUAUGCUACCGCACAGAUGCUCCCAAUGCUCUACCGCCGCCGCCGCGGGUGAAGACGAUACAACGGAUGCCACACUGAUAACCUCUUUGGCAAUGUUGCAGCGCCAUUAUCGAAUGCAUUCGUACCCAUUGAAGUGUCCCCAUUGUCCACAACGAUUCCGAAAGCACGCGGCAGUGUACUCACACGUACGCUAUCGGCACGAAAUGUUUGAUAAUCCCGAGGGUUAUACGUGUGACAUAUGUGGCGUCACAAUGCAAUAUCGUCCCUCGUUUAGAUACCACAUGCGUAUCCACUAUCACGAACAGAUGGGAACAUUCAAAUGUCAGUACUGCGAACGUGUUUUUGGUACACGAGCACGGUUGGAGCGUCACGAACGAACACAUACCGGAGAACGACCGUUUGCAUGUCAUCUGUGCACGAAAACGUUCGCCCACUCGGGACAGCUAGCGACGCACAUAUCGCGACAUAAUAAUGAACGCGGUCACAAGUGUACCCAGUGUGGAAAAGCAUUCUUCAACAAGGCAAUGUUGCGACAGCACCUAGAGUCGCAUGGAACGGUUGAAUCACGAAAAGCCACCAGCACGGUUAAAAUGCGGCAACGACCCUGUACGUAUCCUGGCUGUGCGCACGUGGCACUAACGUAUCAGGCUUACUACUUGCAUCGACUCCGGCACGAAAUGGCCCAUCGAUGUGAGGAAUGCGGUAGACGCUUUGCUCGAUAUUGUGAGUUGCGACGCCAUCGGCAUAUCUACCAUUCGACGGAACAGCCGUUCAAAUGUGAACUGUGCAGUAAAACGUUCCUUAGCUCGCAAAGCUACCGGGAGCAUAUGGAUUCGCACGCGAACGUACGCCGCUUCGAAUGUGAUGCUUGCGAUAAAAAGUUCGUGCGUCGUCGCAAUCUGGUAAACCACCGAAUGUCUCACACUAACAUUCGUCCGUACCGGUGCGAAGAUUGCGACAGCGCGACGUUUAAGUACAAGAGCGAUUUAAACCGACAUCGGAAAGAUAAGCAUGAACAGACGGAGCAGGAGGUUGAUGGGCCGAUGCAAAUAGAUGGCGAAUCUGUUAACGAACAGAUUGUGCUGAUGAAUGAGGAUCCCGUAAUGGAUGGUAUGAUCGUAGAAAGUGUACCCGAGGGCAUAUUGGUGAAUGAGGGUAUUGAGCUAGAUGGAACUUACGGUGAGGUUAUAGAAACGGUGGAAGAAUCCAUUGUCGUUGAGCAGCCAAUAGUUAGCUUCGGUAUAGAUGAGGUGACCAAGGAAGAAUAUAUUAUAGAGUACAUUAAUCACGAAAACUUUAACGCUUAUCACGAAAUGGAACCAGCUAGCAAAUCAAAACAAAGCAGUGGAACGCGCGCGUCACUGCCAGCGGAUCGUAGUAAGCCAGUCGACGAAAAGCUGGCUGCAGAAGUGACCACCGAUGCGUUUUGUCGAAUAUGUUUGAUAAAAUCCACCCAGCUGAAGCCCUUACUGGAACGUGUGGAUGGGAUAAUGAUACCGGAAAUGCUCUACAAGCUGUGCGGUCGCCAGAUUGAGGUCCAGGAAGGCUAUCCGCGCAGCAUCUGCGAACAGUGUUUUUGUAAGUUGGAUUGUGCGUUCCGGUUUUUGAACGAGUUUCACCAGCAGGACGAACGUUUGCGCAGCUUUUAUUGGAGUGGGUCCGUAGGGAAAAGGUUGCAGGAAUAUCAAGCAGAGGGCAGCGCAACUGUUCAGAAGCAAACGGAUGAGUUGAUCAGCCGGUACAAGUUUCUGUUCAAUCAGCCUACUAAGGAGAUGUGUCAUAAAGAGACCAACACAGCAAAGCAGAAGCAACCGAAAAUGGUCGACGCUAGUACGAUUACGGAUAAGGAGAUGCUUAAUCUUCAACUUAUCAAAACUGAAGAAGAAACGGAUGAUGAGAUAUUGCUGGAACAUUACGUUAUGGAAGAGGACAACGAUGAAACGUAUAUCGAUUACAGCUUGGAUAGCGAAUCAACGCUGAAGGAUGAACAGUUGGUGGAGAUGAAAAUAGAUUUGCUCGGCAGUCAGUCGGCGGACGAAGCGGAAUCGUACACGGACGAAAAGCCCUUUAGAAUAAACCUGGCCAAAGGCACUAGACAGUCUCCGCGCCCCAAAGAAACAAUGGUUAAGUUAGUGUCGCCCAACCUGAAGGAAGAAAGCAUGCCGACCGACACAGAUGACCAGUCACAAGAACCGAUAUAUUACGAGGAAACGGAAACAGAGGAGGAAGAGGAAUCGUUCGAUCCUCUUCGGUGUUGCAUUUGCGACAAACGAGAGGAAAGUGAAGAACUGUUGGAGCAGCAUCUCGAUUUACACAGCACCAUGCUGCCGUACGAUUGCAAAACGUGCCUUGCGCGCGGGGCACAGGUCCGCACGAUCAAGACGGUUUCCUCGCUGCACAAUCACUUUCGCUCGCACCAUUACCCGUACUGGUGCGAAGUUUGUGGUAAGCGUUUCCUGCGCAAAAUACAGCUGGCAAAGCAUAGGGAAAACCAUUCGAAUAGCUUGUUCGUUUGUGACGAAUGUGGUCGCGGUUUUACGCAUAAGAAAACGUGGCAAAAUCACAUCAAACGACACAAGGCGAUGCGUGCAGAGGUGUACAAGUGUACCACGUGCAGUAAAGCCUUCGGCAACAAGGCCCGGUUGGAUCGGCACAUGCGCUUGCAUACCGGUGAUCGGCCCUUCGAGUGCAAGUACUGUGAUAAGCGGUACUAUGACCGCCAUCAACUGCAGUGCCACACGGAAAAGCACUUCCGCGAUAUGGAUUGUCCGUGCGAAUACUGUGGCGAAACGUUCGCGGGCACGAGGAAGCUCGAUGCACAUAAGAUGGCGAAGCAUCUGACCGGCAAGGAGCUAGAAGACUUUAAGGCCAACCGUGCGAAACGGGUAAAACGGCCCGCUUUGCUAGAUGACGAAACAUGCCCGUACGCCGGUUGCACCUACACGGCCAAAACGUACGGCGCAAUGUAUGUGCACAAGCGUACCAAACAUGUGCCACUGCAUCGGUGUGACAUUUGCAACAAAUCGUUCGCCUUCCUAAACCAACUCCAGGUGCAUAUGAAGCUACACACGGGCGAAAAACCUUUUCAGUGCGAUAUUUGUGGUCGCAGCUUCCGGCGAGGGUUUAGCUAUCGGGAGCAUAUGGAGAUGCACACCUCGGAAACGAACUACAACUGUCCCACGUGUAACAAAAGUUUCAAACGUCCGCGAUAUCUGCAGGCGCACAUGCUUACGCACACGUCGGAGCGUAAGUUUUCGUGCGAGAUCUGUGGCAACAGCUACAAGACGAACGGUGAGCUGAAGAAGCACAACAAAAACAAGCACGGGUGCGAUGUUUCAGAGCAAGAAGUGUUCAUCGAAACGGAGGAACAGUCGUUUAUUGUGGAGUACGUUUAAAUAGUAUAGAACCGACUCUCGAGCUUUACAAUCCAGCGCAAAGGAACUGGUUGGGGAAAAAGCUUAGCCUAAAAUCAGAUAAUUGAAAGGCUAUCAAUAGGCUCCAACACACAGCAAGUUGUUGAGGAAAAUCUAUUCACUUAAAGCACCACAAAUCGUGGUAUAUACAUCGUGAAAUCUAGUGACCCAUUUGGUCAAUUACAAAGCAAAGGGAAGCAAAUACAAUAACUCUACCACAUGCGCUCUUAUAAUUUCGUAAACUUAUUCAAUAAAAAAUAAUCCAUACAAUACCUCUUUAA